AUGAGUAAUUUGAACGUUUUAGAAAACAAAGGUCGGAGACGUGCAUUAUCGAUCAAUAGUAUCGACCCGGAUCAUAGACAUGCAAUGGAUAAUUCUGUUGAUAAUUUACAACAGGAUUUAUCUUUAAUCGGUUCACAAUGGAAUAAAGUAAUCAGUGAGCACUCCAACCCUUUAGAAUUGUCCCUAGCAUUCCUAGAUGAUACAUCUGUUGGUCUUAGUCAUAGGUAUCAGGAAUUCACUCAAUUAAAAGAAAAGAUAGGAUCUCAUUUAAGAGCAGUAGUUGGAGAGCAUAGUCAAGCAUUUAAUGCGAAUGUAGCAUCAUACAGUAAAACUGUUUUAGCAUUAACUGAUGCACAAGAGAAUACUACACAAAUCAAGAAGAACCUGAAUGAAGCAAAUGAAAAAAUUACAGUACGAAAGGAAUCUCUUAAGGAUUUAAAUAACGAAAGUUUAAGAUUAACAAAUUCAAUUGAAGCACUUUCAUAUAUUGAAGAACUACUUCAAAUACCUGAAAAAAUUGAAGGGUGCAUGAGGAAAGAAGAAUUUAAAGAGGUACAAAAUUUUUUGGAACGAGGGUUCGUUUUAUGUAACAUAAAUUCGUUAAAAGCUUUAGAGCAAUUGAAGCCAAUUCAUCAACAAUUAGAAAUGCAGGAACAUGUUCUAUUUCAAAAUAUGAUAGAUGAAAUCCAAGAUAUAGUUUAUUCCAAAAAGGGUAGUCUUACCCUCGAUACAGAUAUUUUGGAGACUAUUAGUGUAUCUCAAAAUGGUUUUACGAGUUUAGAAAAUUAUCUUUACAACAUCGUUAACAUAGAUUUAAUGAAACAAUCUGUAGAUUUGAACCAAAAACUAUUCAACUUUAUCAAUAAUGUGAAAAUACCUGGAUUCUUCCAAACAAUCGCAACGGUUAAUUCUGGAGGUAAUUCUGACUAUACUCAAUUAUUUGCUUUACUAUCAAUGCUGAAAGAUAUUAAUAAAUUGUCAUUGGCCCUUAAUAUUUUGGUUGAUCGGGCAAACGCUGAAAUACAUAGUAUCAUGAUUAAAGCAACUGAAGUUGUACGUUCAAAACAUCCUACAUUAUUGAAAAUGGUCAAAAGUAUUUCAAAUGAAAACAGUUUUGGGCUUUCUAUUAAAAAUCUACUUUCGCUGAUAAUGAGAGAAUGUUUCUGGGAAAUAUUCAUCAAAUAUCUACUAGUAAUUCAAAAGCAUAGAGCAAUAUAUGAGAUUGUUAAAGUCCUUCAAACCUCUUCUGCAAGCUCCAUGAAUAAAAAUUAUUAUAGAUUUGAUUUAAUAUGGGCCAAGCUUUUACACGAGGUUGAACAAUUGAUAACGAAAUAUAUAUACAAUCCUCUAUUGAUAUUAGGUGGAGAUGCGCAUAGAUUGGGAAGGCAAGCACCAGUUCUACCAAAAAGAAAAGGUCAAAAGUUAUUUUCACUCCAAAAUAAUGUCACUGACGUAUCAUAUACGAAAGAUCAUGUUGGCGAUUUAAAGGCGCUACUAAAGGAUAUAUUUGUAGGUUUCACAGUUCCUCCAAAUACAAAACUUGAUUCUAUUUAUAUCGAGGAUGAAUCUUUCGAAGAAGAAGAACCUCUUAUCCCACCUUCUGUCUUUAAUAUGAAAGUGUUAUUGGAACCAUUUCUACUUUUUGUGCAAGCUUCCUCGAACUUAAUUCCAGUAGAGAUAUCUCAAAACUCUACUCCAUCAAUAACUUUUUUUUCCAGUUUUAUGCAAAAAAACUUUUAUCCAAGAAUUGGCUUAACUAUAGAUUAUGUGUUUUCAUCAAAUGUUGAAAGUCUGAACCCCUAUACCUUAGAAAAUAUCAAUGAAAACCAAAGUAUAUUCAAAUCCGCAGUUGAUUUCCAAAGCUUUUUCUACAAUAUGCUUUAUGUGUUUAAUUCCUCAAAUAGUUUUAGGAACCAGAUGGUCACAAUCAUUUUACAUACUCUUGAAAAGUUUUUCCAAUACUAUUCGAAUAUUUUUAACUCAAUUAUUGGAGCAUCUGCUAGCGAAAGAAGCAAUAAACUGACAACAGCUUGGUUUAAUGACGAAAAUUUAAAGAAAUAUGAGAGACAUUUGUUAAAGGGAGAAAAUACUGAUUUUGUUAACGAAUCUAAAGAUUUGUUUAAAUCUUGUCCCAAAUUUUAUGAAAAAGGGAAAGAUAUCGGUGAAGAUAGUACUUUAAAUUUACUUACACUAGAUACAGUUAUCUACUUUGCAAGCACAGUUUCUUGGAUCAUGACGUGGCUACCAUCAUUAAAAAAUGUCCUUGAAACUUCAAGUAAUACUGAAAUAGUCUCAGUAAUGAAUGCAGAUGAGUUGAGGUCUCAUUGGUCCUUUUUUGAAUAUACGGAUAUAGAGAAUUCGAACAAGAUGAUGACACUUAGAAUAUUACUUGAUCACGAUAAUGGUGAGAAAUUUGAUACAAUUAUAAAAGGUUUCGAAGAUUUGGAGUUGAAUCUGAUGACAUUACUGAGAUUCGAUACUAGAGCUAAGUCCAUUUACAAUAUUGGGAAAUUUUUCCAAGAAACAUCUUCUUGGGAUUUAGAGGUUGGUAGUAUCGAACUUUACCAUUCAAUUAGUUCACUAAUUUCCCAACUAAGAACUACUGAAAAUAAGCUAAACCAGCAGUUAUCUGAAAACGGAAAAGAUAAGAUAUUUGCUGGUAUUGAUGUCGUAAGUAGUCAAGCAUUUAUAUUGGGAGCCUUUUCUAUUGAUGUGAUUAAUGAAAAUGGUAUCAAGAAAAUUUUAAGGAAUGUCAAUCUACUCCAACAUACCAUUAGAAACUUGUACAGCGAACCAUCAAAGAUUUCGAUGGCAAAUACCAUCGCAUUUUAUAAUCUGAUUUCUCAAACAGAAAAUGUCUUGAUUCAAAGGAUCAGUGAUAGAGAGUUCCCACUUCUAACCAAAGAAGACUUUAAAAACAUACUAAGAUUGCAAUUUAGUGAGGAAAUUGAUCAACAGGUAAAACGUCAAAAUUCCAUGUCCACAAAGAAUGCAUCUAAGCCAAUAAACAGAAGAUACAAUGAGGCCCUGAAGAAGAUAGAAGCACUGGAUAUAUAG